AAAACAAAAAAAAGGAGAGGAAAAGAGGGAAGACCAGCGUGGAUAUUAGGACCGAGUGGAACUGAACCAACGGCUCCAACAAGACAAGCAACAAACAAAACAAAGGUUUCGAAUAAAUAACCCCACACCGUGCGACCAAUUAUUAUCUUCAAAACAAGAAACAACAUAUGGUGCUCUUGAAACCUUCUGCGUUUUCAAAAUCACCUAAGCUCGCUCCUCCACAGCAAGGCGGCUUCUCCGACUCUCUAAUCGGUGAUACUGUCGAGGCAGCUGAUGCUUUUAUACGCCAAUGGGUCUCACCACACCUCUACGACUCUUCCUCCACUUCCUGCAGCCUCUCUUCCCUUUUCUCCGCGGAGAACCGCGGAGAAGGAAGACGCUUCCUCGACGUCCUGGCCAAGUUACACUACGCUAUUCAGAGCGCCGGGUUGGUGAAUCCGGACUCCGCUAAGCUAGCUCAAGCGCGUGAGUUGAUGCAGACGGCCAUGAAGUAUUUGGAAAAGGAGUUUUAUCGCGUUUUGAAAUCGAACCGCCGGUUUUUAGAUUCGGAAUCUAUCUCUGGUUUGUCAUGUAACGAGAAAGCAGAAGUAAAUGCUGAUGCUGAGGCUAUCGAGGAUUUGAAGAUGAUAGCUAACUGCAUGAUCUCAUCUGGUUACGAGAAGGAUUGUGUUAAGAUUUAUAAGAAACUCAGAAGAAAGAUGAUCGUCGAGGCCUUGUCUAACCUAGGAUGCGAGAAGUUAACAUCUGCGCAGAUGCAGAAGCUAGAAUGGGAGACUCUCGAGAAGAAGAUCAAAGGUUGGGUGAGGCUUGCUAAAGUAGCAUUCGUGACUCUCUUUAACGGCGAACGAAUCCUCUGCGAUCGCAUCUUCUCCACCUCCUCCUCAUCCUCAUCCUCCUCCGUCUCCAUCGCUGAGUCUACAUUCAUUGACAUUACGCUACAGAGCGCGCUGAAGCUCUUCGUCUUCCCGAUAACCGUCGCGAAAUGCAGGAAGACCGCGGAGAAGAUCUUCCCAACGCUCGACGUUUACCAGACGAUCUUGCACGUUAUCCCCCAAAUCGAGCAGAUCUUCAGCUACGAUUCGACCGCCUCCGUGCGAUCGCAGGCGGCUGAGUCUCUAGAGAAGCUCGGCGAGUCCGUGAACGCGAUGAUGAUCGAGUUCCAAUCGUCGAUCACGAAAGAGUCUUCCAAAUCGCCGAUUCCCGGCGGCGGAGUCCAUCAGCUCACGAGGUACGUCAUGAACUUCAUCGUCUUCCUCGCUGACUACAGCGACUCGCUCACGGUUAUAAUCAAGGAUAAGGAGUCCUCGUUGCCGUUACCGGAGGAUUACUAUAACAACGGCAACAACGAAGAGAAUCCAGAAAACGCUGGAUCUCCGAUGGCGGCGAGGCUCGCGUGGCUGAUACUCGUCUUGCUCUGCAAAAUCGACGCCAAAUCUCGUCUCUACAGCGACGCGGCGCUCUCGUAUCUCUUCCUCGCCAACAACCUCCACUACGUCUUGAUCAAGGUGCGCACGUCGAAUCUCAAGGUCGUUCUGGGAGACGACUGGGUGGCGAAUCACGAGGUCAAGGUGACUCAGUACCUCGAGAAGUACGAGAAAAUGGCGUGGGGCGAUGUGAUCGCGUCGCUCCCUGGGGUUUCGACGGCCGCGGCGAAGGCCGAGGAGGCUCUCAGACGGUUCAACAAGGCGUUUGAGGAGACGUACAAGAAGCAUAAGAACUGGGUCGUACCCGACCCGAAAUUGAGAGACGAAAUCAAAGCGUCUAUAGCGAGUAAGCUCAUGGGCGGGUAUACGGGUUUCUAUAAAGAGUAUCCGGUCGGGUCUUCGGAUAUUGUCAGAUUUACCCCUGAAGAUCUCAAUGGUUACAUAUCCGACUUGUAUAUCGGCUUGAGAGGAUCCGUGCCCGUAUCCACAAACUAA